UAGUCAGGCGGAAGCGGAAGUGAGCACCGGCGGCUUGUUUAGGCUACAGCGGUGUCUAGUAGUUAGUUUAACGUAAAUCGGUGUGAGGUAAAAACACUUUAAUGCCUCCAAAAUGCCCUCUGAAAGUCUACGAUGGGAAACAUUAGAAGCCCUGAAAAACUCUCCGAAGGGGAAACUCAAAUACAGUCCAGACUGGCUGGAAAACGGGGAGGAUAUUCUGGCGGGCUGUAUCGAGGUGUCCAGUCUGUCUCCUCUCUCAGGACAGAUUCUGAAGAGACUGAGUCCUCGUCCACUGCUCAAGACCCGCUCUCUGUCCUCAUGUGUUCGUGAUACGAGUCCCGAGAUUUCAGAAGAUCUUGCUGCUGGAGCUUCAGUUCCCAUCAGUCCCAGACAGAUUUCAUCUCCCACCUCUCCACCUCCGGUCUCCAUUCACGCUGAGGAGGAUGAGCAGAAAGCAGAAGAAAUAAAGGAGGAUUCUGUUGUGAGUCCUGUAGCAAGCUCACCUCCAGCGAUUUCCGUCCUGUCGCCCAGAGCCACACAGAUGGCCGGCUGCAUACGCAUGUGUGAGCAGAAACACAAGGCCAAAGCUAAGGCGGAGCUGAGUCUCAGACAGGAGCAGCAGGAGCGGCUGGUGGCCACAGCUGCCAACUGUGAGUCUGAGCAGCUCAAACGCUACGAGGAGUUAAUGGAGCUCAAACAGAGACAGGAGUACCAGAGUAUGAGAGACAUGUUGGAGAAAGAGACACAGGAGAGUCUCGGCCGGCAGGAGAAGCUGCGAGAGGAACACAGACACAGAAUGAAAAUCCUGAACCUGCGUCUGCGUGAGGCGGAGCAGCAGCGUCUGCGGGAGGCGGAGCUUGAGCGUCAGCGGCAGGUGGAGGGCAGAGAGCGGCACAGAGCUAUCAAUGCCAUACAGGAGGAAGUGCUGCAACUCAACCAGCUCCUACAGCCACGCCCCUCCACACUUACUGACCCCGCCCUUGACCACACCCCCUACAUCACCCGCGGCAACCAGCUCUGCUCGCAGGUGUCAGAGGUGGUGCCGGCCUCUGCAGAUGGUCAGUUUCCCAGCGUGGAGGAUUUGACCGUGGCGGAGCGAGCGCUACAGGAAAUGAGGUCACUGGUCAGAAACCUGCAGGACGAGGUGGCACAGGCUGCCGAGAGGAAGAGGAAGGAGCAGGAGGAAGAGGAGGGGAAGAAGAAGAGACAUGAGGAGCUGAAAGCCCAGCAAGAGGAGCAAAAGAAAACUGCAGCACGGUCCGCUAAAGAGAAAGCCAAGAAAGAGGGUCUUCAGACAGGAGCAGAUGAGAGCACUUUAAAAUGGUACAACGCGCUGCAGGAUGCGGCCAGUCAGUGCGCUCAGGCGUUUGAUGAACUCAGCAAAGCUAAAGACACGCAGACGAAAAAAUUAAAAAUGGAGCUGCAAAAGGCCGCAACCACACCUGUGAGCCAGAUCGCAAACAUCUCAGGCGCGCCGCUGAAGGAGGCCUUUGAGAAGAUCGAUAAGCUGUUGUCCAGCCGUCCAGUGACGUCCGCUGGAAAGACGGUCUCUACGUCCCAGCAUCCUCAAGGGCUGGAGUUUGUCAGUUAUAAACUGGCAGAAAAGUUUGUGAAACAAGGAGAAGAGGAGGUGGCGUCCAAUCAUUCGGCAGCGUUCCCCAUCGCCGCUGUGGCGUCAGGCAUUUGGGAACUGCAUCCUAAUAUUGGAGAGCUUAUACUCGCCCACCUCCACAAGAAGUGCCCAUACGCUGUGCCGCACUAUCCACCCAUGGAGAGUGGCACGUCUGUGGAGGAUUACCAGAAGAUUCUGGGAUACCGUGUGGAUGACUCCAAAGUGGAAGGACAGGACAGCUUUCUGAAGAGAAUGUCGGGAAUGAUUCGUCUCUAUGCGGCUAUAAUCCAGAUGAGAUGGCCUUAUACCGGCAAACAAGGGCCUCAUCCUCACGGCUUGAAUCACGGCUGGCGCUGGCUGGCACAAAUCCUCAACAUGGAGCCGCUGGCUGACAUCACAGCAACUAUUCUCUUCGACUUCCUGGAGGUCUGUGGAAAUGCCUUAAUGAAACUAUAUCGAGGGCAGUUUUGGAAACUGAUAUUGCUUAUUUAUGAAGAAUACUUCCCAAGGUAUUAA